UGGCCGGGCUGUCCAGCAGCGGCUCCGCGCGCGCCGCCCCCCUGCCCGCCCUGGAUGGUGCCUUCGUGCUUUCGCCGCUCGGGGGGCUGAUGUGCACCCAGGCCGUGCUGGGCUUACUGGUGUGGGCUCUCAUUGCCGACACGACGUACUACCUUCACGCUGCCUACAGCUGGGUGAUGUUCGUGUCCAUCUUCUUCUGGAUAGUAACAGUCCUUUUCUUCAUGACUUACCUCCUACAGCUACAGCUCAAGUUCUACGUGGUCCCCUGGUCCCUCGUGCUGAUGAUCUUCAACGCUGUGGCAACUGUCCUGUACAUUACCGCCUUCGUAACGUGCGCUGCUGCCGUCCAGCCGACAUCCUGGCGGCAGUGGGAUUACAACCGAAGAGCCGCGGCAUCUUUCUUCGCCUGCCUCACCAUGGUUGCCUAUGGGGUGAGCACCUUCUUCAGCUUCCGCGCCUGGAAAGGGCUUGGCAGCAACGCAGCCACCAGCCAAGUGACUGACCAUGCGUAAGGAGGGCAGCGAAGCCCAGCCAUGGGCCAUCCUGACUCAGCUUGUGCCAGGCUCAGUGGCUCGGAGCUUCGCGUGCCACCAGGUCUCGCUCUUGGAGCAGCAAUGGUCAGUACUGGGCCACAUGGAUGCAGCUCUGUGGUCUCUGAUGAUGCUUCCUGCUGAUGUACCCAUAGCAGAAACCCACCGGUGCUGCCACCAACAGCCUUGCUGGGAGGACAUGGACUUGCUGGAGGCUGAAGCUCCUGCUUGUCCUUGGGGUUUGUCCUCGCUGGAGCAGCUCCGUGGAGAGGCUACUCCCAUACUAAAAUUCACUAAACCAAGCUCUGUUCAUUCCCAGCUACAGUGAUACAUAAGUGGUAGCAGAGCUGAAGAUGAAGGCUAAGCAAAGGAAGCAGUGUGAACUGUUCUUGUAUUGAUUUCUAACAAUUUGAAGCACAAAUUAUAUAUAAAUCUUUAACAAAUAAAUCUUGCUAAAUAAAAAAAUCUUUAUAUUAAAAUCUACUUAAAUAAAAAAUAUCUUUAAAUAAAAACAUCUCUAAAUCCA